AUGCCUGAUGGCGAGAAAGUAGACUUUGAUGACAUCCAGAAGAAACGUCAAAACAAAGACCUGGUCGAGCUGCAGUCGCUGAUCGAUUUUCACUUCGAGCACAGAAAGAAGGAGGAAGAGGAGCUCAUUGCUCUAAAAGAAAGAAUUGAGAAGCGCCGAGCUGAGCGAGCCGAGCAGCAGAGGAUUCGUGCUGAGAAGGACAAAGAGCGGCAGGCCAGGCGGGAGGCUGAACGGGUCAAAAGGGAGGAGGCCGACGCUAACAGGAAGGCUGAGGAUGACGCCAAGAAGAAGAUGACGCUGUCGAAUAUGGGGUCGGGCUACAGCAGCCUCCUGCAGCGGGCUGAAAAGGGGAGAGGCAAGAAGCAGACUGAAAGAGAGAAGAAGAAGAAGAUUUUGGCAGAGAGAAUCAAACCUCUGAGCGUCGACGAUUUCAGCGAGGACAAGCUGAGGGAAAAGGCGAAGGAGCUGUGGGGCUGUCUGCACAACCUGGAGGCCAUUAAGUACGACUACCAUGAGAGGCUCACGAGACAGAGAUAUGAGCGUUUAUCUGUUAAACUACACAGAGUAUGACAUGAAAAACAGAGAAAAAAAGGGCAAAGAAAAUGAAUGGUCUCCUGUCAAAGUCAGCUGACCUGAGUGGUAGAAAAAGUAGGAAAAGUAGGAACUGUCUGCAGAGGAAAGCAGAGGAGUGUUUUUAAAG